GCAGUAAAAUUUCAUUCAAACGCGUUUCACGUCUGUUUUCGAACGGUCAACAUCGGAUGGGAUCGGAUCGCGCGAUCGCCCGUCGUCGCCAAAAGUCCCAAACACCAAUUCCCAUAUAGACAUCUAUGAGUUGAGCAAGCAGUCAUCUUCCGCGAAACACCUAACCAAUGAUCCCAACUAGCCCACAACCUGUGAUAAGUGCGCGACUCUGAACUUGUAAUCCAAUCCAAACCCUCCCGAAAACACAAAACCGAAAAUGCAAGUCCCCACGCGCAGUUCGAGGUAUUCAUUCAAUUUGAAAAUAUUCAAAUUGCAUAACGAUAAGAAACCGAACAGCCCGAACAGUCCGCCAACUUCACCUGUGAUCUCAGCGAAAAGAAACUCAUGGCGCGCUUCGUGGCGUUCGGCCCUGGGUAGUGGCUCCAAGAGCAAAACGCCAGCAAAUGGGUGCGAUCUGAACGGGUUGCCUGAGGCCGCGGAUGCCGCAGAUGCCGCGGAAUCUACGCUCUUCGAGCGGAGCAGGUGCUACAGCUCCUCCUCCACCGCCGCCUCCACCUCCUCCGCGUGCAGCGAUCAACUGUUUCCCGCCAUUCAAAUACCCCAAGGCGAUGAGCUUAUGUCGAUGCCAUGGUUUGGCAUGGAUAUCGGAGGCACCCUCACUAAGCUGGUCUACUUCGAGCCGAAGGACAUUACUCCCGAUGAACAGGACCGGGAAGCUGGCAUUUUGCGGAACAUCCGGCGAUAUUUAACCAAACACUCGGCCUACGGCAAAACCGGACACCGAGAUACGCACCUACAGAUGGACAAUGUAGAGAUUCGCAAAAGACGAGGAUCGCUGCAUUUCAUCCGCUUCCAGACCACUGACAUGGGCAACUUCCUGUCCCUCGCCAAGCAGAAGGGCAUGGCCGAGCUGGUGACCACGGUGUGUGCCACUGGUGGCGGUGCCUUCAAGUUCGAGCAGGACUUCCGCGACCAGGUCAACAUGAAGCUGGCCAAAUUCGAUGAACUGGACACGCUCAUCAAGGGCAUUCUCUUUGCUGACCUCCACAACUGCACCGAGUGCUACUACUAUGAAAAUGCGAGAGAUAUUCUGAAAAGUGAGAAGCGGGAGUUCAACUUCUCGCAACCAUUCCCGUUCAUUCUGGUAAACGUGGGCUCUGGAGUUUCCAUUCUGGCCGUCUAUGGUCCCGACAACUACAAGCGCAUUUCGGGCACCAGUUUGGGCGGUGGUACAUUCCUCGGACUGUGUUGCUUACUCACCGGCUGCACAUCCUUUGAGGAGGCCAUCCAGCUGGCCACCAAGGGCGACAAUCGCAAGGUGGAUAAAUUAGUUAAGGAUAUUUAUGGCGGUGACUACAAUCGCUUUGGUCUUCCCGGCGAUUUGGUGGCCUCGAGCUUUGGACAAAUGCACCUCAAUGACAAACGUGUUUCUGUUUCACGGGAGGACUUGGCCAACGCCACGCUGGUCACCAUCACAAACAAUAUCGGCUCCAUAGCCAGGAUGUGUGCGCUGAACGAGAAGAUCGAUAAGGUAGUCUUUGUGGGAAAUUUCCUGCGAGUGAAUCCCAUUUCCAUGAAACUUCUGGCGUAUGCCAUGGAGUUCUGGUCGAAUGGCACAAUGAAGGGACUGUUUCUGGAGCAUGAAGGCUACUUUGGAGCACUGGGAUGCCUGCUGCAGUUCAAUGGAGAGCUGGCAGCCGCCCUUAGUGACGGAGGAGAUCACACGUCCGCCCCAGCCACGGCAGAUCCGGAACCGACGACGCACACAAGUACGGACGAGCCGCCAGGGAAAUCACCUCUCGCGCCGACAAACAAACACUCCACUAGAUAGUCUCGGUACAGCACGGCCCAUUCGAGAGUGCCCCCUCGAUCGUAGUGCAUGUACAGUAGACAUAAGAUCUAUUAGGAAACGGCAAUGACUUUGAUCCUUCGCAGUCUAUCUCGGUAUUUAACGUACUUUCUUCUCGGCUCUAGUUCUAACGUUGAGGACGCACAAAUUGUAAAUGCAUGUUACUGAAAUUACUACUGAAUGGAUAAAGUGCCUGCUAGCAAGCAACGAAUUUUGGCCCAUAACCAAGCCGAACCUCAAUUUAUGUCUUACUCUCGCCCCUCCCAGAAUUUCGCCAAUAAGUAACAUUUUUUCCGGUAUGUUACACCCGUAAGCAGUCUUUGUCGACUCGGUAGUUUCUUUCUAGUUUCUUUUCUACAGUGAUAGAUGUUAGCUCUCGGAAAAGUAUUAAAAAUACUUGACCACGCAACCGCAAUUGAAAGUCUAGCGCGCAAAUAAAGACACUGCAGAUACUGGACGUUGAUGGUAUCUUGACCUCUCUGGGCAUACCUCUAUGUUUUUACCUUAAUGUUUGUAUACAUGAUUUAAGUGGAUGUUUUAAAGUUUCUUUUUUAGAAAAUAAGUUUGUGGUCAUGUUAUUAUAGGAUCCAAUUGUCGGCAGGUCAAUAAAACUUGUUUUAAACAAAAA